GCUCCCGCCCGGACGGCUCCCGUUAACCGUUGGGCGGCCUACUGAAGUCCCUCCCUCAGGACUUUCCCCUGCGGUCGAACCGCUCUUGCGGCGGCGACCCAUGUGGGGGUUCAGGCUCCUGCGGUCGCCGCCGCUGCUGCUUCUGCUGCCGCAGCUCGGAAUCGGAGACGCCUCGACUUGCUCUCAGACCAGAACCAUGAACCCGGGCGGCAGCGGCGGUGCGCGAUGCUCCCCCUCGGCUGAGGGACGCCGCCAGCAGUUUGUGCAGCUGUCGGCUGUGCCGGGAGCAGAUCCGCUGCGCAGCAACGAGUUGCUCCUAUUGGCAGUGGCGGGGGAGGGACUGGAACGGCGGGAUCUCCCUGCGGAUCGGGCGAAGGAGGAGCUGAAACCGCCGCCCCAGCAUCACGUCCUCUAUUUCCCUGGGGAUGUGCAGAAUUACCAUGAAAUUAUGACUCGUCAUCCUGAGAAUUAUCAGUGGGAAAACUGGAGUCUAGAAAAUGUUGCCACCAUUUUAGCCCACCGGUUCCCCAGUAGCUAUAUUUGGGUGAUAAAGUGUUCUCGAAUGCAUUUGCACAAAUUCAGCUGCUAUGACAAUUUUGUGAAAAGCAACAUGUUUGGUGCUCCAGAACACACUACUGACUUUGGAGCUUUUAAGCACCUUUAUAUGUUAUUAGUUAAUGCUUUUAAUUUAAGUCAGAAUAGUUUAUCCAAGAAAAUGACAAGUAUUUGGAAUAAAGACGCCACAGCAGCUAAUUGUAGGUCCAAUUCCUCUCAUACUACAAAUGGUUGCCAGGAAGAAAAGGAGAGGACCUGUGAAAAAUUUGAUGAGUCUGCCAUGAGUUUUUAUCCACCAUCACUAAAUGAUGCAUCUUUUACUUUGAUUGGAUUCAGUAAAGGUUGUGUUGUUUUGAAUCAGUUGCUUUUUGAAUUGAAAGAAGCCAAGAAAGACAAGAACAUAGAUGCUUUUAUCAAAAACAUAAGAACAAUGUACUGGCUAGAUGGUGGUCAUUCUGGAGGAAGCAAUACUUGGGUUACUCAUCCAGAAGUCUUGAAAGAAUUUGCCCAAACAGGGAUUAUUGUUCACACCCAUGUAACACCCUACCAAGUACGUGAUCCAAUGAGAUCUUGGAUUGGAAAGGAGCACAAGAAAUUUGUUCAGAUACUUGGGGAUUUUGGUAUGCAGGUGACUAGCCAAAUUCAUUUUACAAAGGAAUCUCCUUCUAUAGAAAAUCACUUCAGAGUUCACGAAGUAUUUUGAGAUUGCAAGAAUAUUAAUGUACUUGUUCAGUAGAAGAACAUAAGUACUUUGCGUGCUAUACAUUCAAGUAAUGAGAUGUAAUUCAUAGAUGCAUUGUCAGUUUGGGGGAUAUGGGUGAGGCAUACAUUCCUAAAAUAUGAGUGUAAUGUGCAGUGGUAUUCUUGGGAAUGUGAACAGUUUUUAAUUUGGAUUUGGUUAGAAUUAAUUAGAAAUCUAACAAGAUGGUUUGUGAUAAUCUAAUGAGAUAUAAAACCAUUAAAAGUGAAAGUUAUACAAUUCUUAUAAAAGGUAACUAAAAUUGUUUUUGUUGGAAGUUAAUUUUCUGAGUAAUGUUUUAAACUAAUUUUAAUGACCUUUUAACCAUGGUUAGCUAUUGGGCACUCAAAACUUGAAUGGAAACACUUCAUUUUUUUUCAAAGUAAAGACACAGUGUUUUUCAUCUUUUUGCAGUAACUGUACUCUGCCUCUUAGUUUCUAAACUUAUUUUUUCAAGUACUUUUUUCUUGAGAGUCAAAAUAUAUUUGUUUACAAAUAUUCAAGAAUGUCCAGUAGUGUAAAGCUGGUUUUUAAAAAUAUAGCUGGUGUGGUAGCAUAUGCUUGCAAUCCCUGCAAACUUGGGAGCAAGAGGAUUGCUUGAGCUAAGGAGUUGAGACUAUAGUGUGCAAGGAUUGUGCCUGUGAAUAGCCACUACCCUACAGCCUGGGCAGCACAGUGAGACCCCAUCUCUUAGAUAAAUUACAUUUAAGCACUGUGGCAUAAUUUUUAAUUGACAGUUUUAAUUGAUUAUUUUGGGUAAGACAUUUUGGGGUUUCUUAAAUCUUGGCCAAAAACCAGUUGUUUUGGAAAGUUGGCUUAAAUUGAGUGUAAUUAUGCACAUUGGAUCAAAAUGUACUACAGAGCAAAUUUCAAGUUUUUCAUUAUAUCAGUCUUUUUAAAGAGAUCAGCUUAGAUAAAUAAAUAUAUAAUGCUGUAUUGGUUAGUGCUCUAUUGAAAAGGAAACAGAUUCAUAGUUCUAAGGCAAUGUUUCUCCAGAAGCAUGAUUUCGUCUGCCAGAAGAAAACAGCUCUCUUUGGCCAAAAUGCAAAAUCAUAUUGCUAAAAGAAAAGUUACAAGGGAAAGUUUGAAGACCCAAAUGAUUUAAUUUUGGCUCACAAACUGAAUUUGCUUAACACUGCUACAUAAUUUGGGUGAAGUUUCCUUCUGCCCAUUUUUCCUGACCUACAUAAAUACAUUUUGAGAAACCAAUAUCUAAUGAAUGUCAACCAACAUGAAACAUAGUUGUGUGUUUACAGUAAAAGAUGAGCAGUCACUUUAUUAAUACUUAGCUUUGGCAGGUCAUGACAUAGCUAAGCAGGGGAGUAACAUGCUGCUUUAGGACU